CGCGACGCUCCACCCUCCGCGGCUCCAGUUCCGCGGAGGUACAGGCCGGGUUCUCUAGUUCCGCGGCAGUGCAGGCCACUUCUUCUCCAGUUCUGCCGCGUCCAGCCCUCCGUGCUCCCCCACCUCUGUGCUCUAGAAGAUGGAACAUCUUCAAAUCAGAAUAUAUUCAUAGGAAGUAUCCAUUUUUUGGACAAAGUAAAUCCUUAUAUCACAAAGCAUAGUUCAUUUGUAGUAUCCGAACGUAAAAGGAAAACAACUCUUGGUGGGGGUGACACAUGCAGUUUUGCCGCCGGCACCUUACUAUCGGCACCGCCACAAACUCAGUGGAAUUCCAUCUCCUGGAGCUCCUGAAACAAUGCAGCAGCAGCAGCAUCCUCCAACAAGUCCACGCCCAAAUGAUCGUCAACCACCUCCACAAACCCAACCACCUCCUCGUGAAGCUCAUCCACCUCAACAACUUCCCCUAUGCACUCAACCUCUUCUCUCACAUCACUCCUCACCCCAAUGACUACGCCUUCAACAUCAUGAUUCGCGCUCUGGCUGCCACGUGGCACAACUACCCGUUUGCCCUCCAACUCUAUUACCGUAUGCGUGCUUUGUCCAUUAAGCCUAACAACUUCACCUUCCCCUUCGUCUUCCUCUCAUGUGCUAACUUAACGGCCCUCUGCCAUGGCCUUUUGGCCCAUGCCUCCGCCUUCAGGCUCGGCCUCUGCUCCGAUCACCAUACCUGUCACUCCUUGAUUACGAUGUACUCCAGGUGUGGGCAGCCUUCGUCUGCACGCAAGGUGUUUAAUGAAAUUCCUGACAAGGAUUUGGUGUCGUGGAAUUCGAUGAUCUCUGGCUACGUGAAGGCAGGUCUUGCGAGGGAGGCUGUGGAGGUGUUUGGGGAGAUGAGGAGGGAGGGGUUUGUGCCGGACGAGAUGAGCUUGGUGAGUGUGCUCGGGGCGUGCGGGGAGAUUGGGGACUUGGAAUUGGGGAGUUGGGUUGAUGGGUUUGUUGUGGAUAAUGGGAUGGAGGUGAAUUCGUAUGUUGGGUCUGCUUUGAUUAGUAUGUUUGGAAAGUGUGGGGAUUUGGAGUCUGCUCGGAGGAUCUUUGAUGGAAUGGUUAGAAGAGAUGCUAUUACUUGGAAUGCUCUGAUAUCUGGAUAUGCUCAAAAUGGAAUGGCAGAUAAAGCAGUUUCUUUAUUUCAUUGCAUGAAGGAGGAGGGAAUUGUUCCAAAUAAAAUUACCUUGACUACAGUGCUGUCUGCAUGCGCCACAAUUGGGGCUUUGGAUUUGGGGAGACAGAUUGAAGAGUAUGCAUCACAAAGAGGAUUUCAACAUGAUAUCUUUGUGGCUACUGCAUUGGUUGACAUGUAUGCUAAAAGUGGGAGUUUAGACAGUGCACUGAGAGUUUUCAAUGACAUGCCACAGAAAAAUGAAGUUUCUUGGAAUGCAAUGAUCGCCGCACUUGCUUCUCAUGGCAAAGCAAAGGAAGCACUGUCACUAUUUCAGUGCAUGUUGGAUGAGGGUGGUGGUGCUUGUCCCAAUGAUAUAACAUUUGUAGCAUUGCUCUCUGCUUGUGUGCAUGCAGGCCUGGUUGAUGAGGGCUAUAGAUUGUUUGAUAUGAUGAGCACAUUAUUCGGAUUAGUGCCGAAAAUUGAGCACUACUCUUGCAUGGUUGAUCUUUUGGCGCGCGCUGGUCAUCUGUAUGAAGCUUGGGAUCUCAUUGAGAAAAUGCCUGAAAAGCCAGAUAAGGUCACAUUAGGAGCUUUACAUGGUGCGUGUCAAAGGCUGAAAAAUGUAGAUAUAGGUGAACGGGUUAUGCGGCUCCUUCUGGAGUUGGAUCCUUCAAAUUCUGGGAACUAUAUCAUCUCAUCAAAAAUAUAUGCAAAUUCAAAAAUGUUGGAAGAUUCAGCAAGGAUGAGAUUGUUGAUGAGACAAAAGGGUGUCAGUAAAACUCCUGGUUGUAGCUGGAUUGAAAUUGAGAAUCAAUUGCACGAGUUUCAUGCUGGUGAUGGUCUGCACGUAAGUGCCACGGAUAUAUAUGGCAUAAUGGAUUUGCUGUAUGAGGAGCUCAAAAGGGAAGGGUAUGUCCCUAAAAUUGUUGAUUAGCUGCAUGAGGAGCUGAAUUGCUGAAAGAGUUGUUUUAUUGGAAAGUACAGAAGUAGCUAACGUUUGAACUACAUAGCAUUCAGCUUUCUCAGCUCCAAUUGGUUUGGUUUCAUUAAGUUUGAUCUGAUGGCACAUAUCAACAUUAGUAGUGGGUGUUAGGUACGUUAAAGUAUUCUUUCAUACUUAAAGAUUUGUGUCAUAUAAUUCAAGGGGGACAAAACAAACCUCUAGCAGAUACAUAUGCCCAAAUGCCAUAUGAAAAUGGAAAGGAAAUGAUAGUGAAAUCAGUUUUUUGGUGCCGAUCUCUUUUGGAGUAUCCAUGAGAAUUAUUGUCCCCCUAUUGAGUAUUGACAAUUUCGUAAGCAGUAGGGGAAAAUGUUGGCUAAGCAGAUUUGUUUUAGGAUAGUUAUUGUAUGGAUAUGGCAAUCAAUUUUGGUCAAUGAGAUCUGGCAAGUGAUCAAUUUUUUUAGGAUGCAACCCAAGUUUUUUAUAUCAACGAGAUGAACAAGAAAUUGAAAAAUGCUCAAGAAUUUUGGUUCUCUAUGUUUGGAUUCAAUAUUUACCAAUGGCAACUUAGUUAGGUCAACAUAAAACUGCAGAAGUACACUUGCGUUUUGCAUAUCAGAUGGAAAAUAAUUUAUUCCUUUCCAUCAAUGCAGAUUUGAUAGAAAUUAUUUGUAAAAUGUUGAUUUUUUUUUUGGGGUAAUAAAAAUGUUAAUUUGUUACUUUGACAUGAUAAUAGUGUAAGCACUAAGCAAAUGUUUUGUUGUUUAUAUUAAGGUAAAUUAUACGGUACAUAUGUUAUUUUAAAGAGAGGGAGAGAUGUUGACACGUAGCAGAAUCAUACGGCAGAAGGAGAAGAUGGCCUGGCUGCAAGGAAGCAGAAUCAUAAGUGGGAAGGAAGAUGGCUCGGCUGUUGAGCCGCGCAGCUGAUGCACCGAAGAUCCGUUACAUG